GGGUGGGCUGGGGAAGGAGGAAGGAGGAAGAGCCUCUGCAUCCUUCAGACCAAGACCUAACCUUGCCUUCUCUUCUGAUUCAAGAAUCCGGAGACACUUUUUGACUGCAGGAAGGGAGGAAAAUGGUUGGCUGGCAUAGAAGAGAGACAGCCAUGAGGCUCAGACCAGCCGACAACGGAAGCCUUGCAAUGCAUUCCUAAGGAAACUGUUGGAUCCUUACCCCCCCCCCCACACACACACGGAAAAAAACCCGCAUUUGCCCAAGGGAGAAAAAAGAACUCUGAAAACCCUCAACCCCACCGAUUUCCUAUCCGUUGUGAGUGGACAAGAUGCUUUAGCCUCCUGACGCACCUCUUAGCACCGUUUCAAGCUCCUCCCACCCCUUCGCAGCCAUGCCGCCACGCCCCUCUUCCGGGGAGCUGUGGGGGCUCCACCUCAUGCCCCCACGGAUCAUGGUGGACUGCUGCCUCCCCAACGGCAUGAUCGUCACGCUCGAGUGCCUGCGCGAAGCCACGCUUCUGGGCAUCAAGCACGACCUUUUCAAGGAGGCCAGGAAAUACCCGCUUUUCCACUUGCUGCAGGAGGAAUCUUCCUACAUCUUCGUAGGGGUGACGCAGGAAGCCGAGAGGGAAGAAUUCUUUGACGAGUCCCGGCGCCUUUGCGACCUCCGUCUCUUCCAGCCCAUCCUGAAGGUCAUUGAGCCAGUGGGAAACCGGGAGGAAAAGAUCCUCAACCGGGAAAUUGGGUUUGCGAUCGGGAUGCCCAUCUGCGAAUUCGAGCUGGUCAAGGACCCUGAGGUGCAGGAAUUUCGGCGGAACAUCCUGUCGGUUUGCCGCGAAGCCGUGGAGACCCGGGGAUCUGCGGGGCCCCCGAGUCAGGCUCUGUAUGUCUACCCUCCCAAUGUGGAAUCCAGCCCAGAGUUGCCCAAACACGUGUACAGCAAACUGGACAAAGGUCGGAUCAUAGUUACCAUUUGGGUUAUUGUGUCUCCAAACAACGACAAACAGAAAUACACCCUCAAGACCCCGCACGACGCGCUGCCGGAGCAGGUGAUCGCCGAGGCCAUCCGGAAGAAGACGCGGAGCAUGCACCUGUCGCCGGAGCAGCUGCGCCUGUGCGUGCAGGAGUACCAGGGGAAGUACCUCCUCAAGGUGUGCGGCUGCGACGAGUACUUGCUGGAGAAAUACCCGCUCAGCCAGUACAAGUACAUGAGGAACUGCAUCACCAUCGGCCGCCUGCCCCACCUGAUGCUCAUGAGCAAGGAGAGCCUCUACAGCCAGCUGCCGGCCAACGUCUUUGUGCUACCCUCCUAUGCCCGCCGCUCGGCCACCUCUUCCCACGUCAACGGAGAUGUCCCCACCAAGUCGCUCUGGUCCAUCAACAGCCUCCUGCGCAUCAAGAUCCUGUGCGCCACCUACGUCAACGUCAACAUCCGGGAUAUCGAUAAGAUCUAUGUCCGGACGGGGAUUUUCCACGGCGGGGAGCCCCUUUGCGAUAACGUCAACACGCAGCGCGUUCCAUGUUCCAACCCUCGGUGGAACGAGUGGCUGUCGUACGACAUCUAUCUCACCGACUUGCCCCGGGCUGCUCGACUCUGCGUUUCCAUCUGCUCAGUGAAAGGCCGGAAAGGGGCCAAGGAGGAACACUGCCCCCUGGCCUGGGGCAAUGUCAACCUCUUUGAUUACAAAGACACGCUGGUGGCUGGGAAAAUGGCCUUGAACCUUUGGCCCGUUCCCCAUGGCCUGGAGGAUUUGCUGAACCCCAUUGGAGUGGGGGGCUCCAACCCCAACAAAGAGACCCCGUGCCUUGAGCUGGAAUUCACUUGGUACAGCCACACCGUCAAAUUUGCUGAUGCCACCGAGAUAGAAGAGCAUGCCAACUGGGCCAUGUCCCGGGAGCUUGGGCUCAACUACUGCAUGGUGGGACUGAGCAACCGCCUGGCCCGGGACAGCUCCCUGGAUGAGAGCGAGCUGGAGCAGCUGCGAAGCAUCUGCAACCGGGACCCCCUUUCAGAGAUCACUGAGCAAGAGAAGGACUUCCUGUGGCGACACCGGCACUACUGUGUCAACAUCCCAGAGACCCUCCCUAAAUUACUGCUGUCUGUCAAGUGGAAUUCACGGGACGAGGUGGCUCAGAUGUACUGCCUCCUCCGGGAAUGGCCGCUGAUUAAACCUGAGCUCUCCAUGGAACUCCUCGAUUGCAAUUUCCCAGAUCCGGUCGUGAGGGAGUUUGCUCUGAAAUGUCUUGUGAAGGGCCUCACAGACGACAAGCUUUCCCAGUAUCUCAUCCAGCUGGUGCAGGUUCUCAAGUAUGAGCAAUACCUGGACAACCCCUUGGCUCGCUUCCUGACUAUGAAAGCCCUGACCAACCAGCGGAUUGGGCAUUUUUACUUCUGGCAUCUCAAGUCAGAGAUGCACAGCAAGCCUGUCUCUCAGCGCUUUGGGCUGAUGCUGGAGGCCUUUUGCCGGGGCUGCGGGAUGUACCUCAAGCACCUGAACAGGCAGGUGGAGGCCAUGGAGAAACUCAUCAACCUCACCGACAUCCUCAAGCAAGAGAAGAAAGACGAGACACAGAAGAUGCAGAUGAAGUUCCUGGUGGAGCAGAUGAGGAGGCCAGAUUACAUGGAGGCACUUCAGGGCUUCAUCUGUCCCCUCAACCCAGUGCACCAGCUGGGCAACCUCCGAUUGGAUGAGUGCCGGAUCAUGUCUUCAGCCAAGCGCCCCUUGUGGCUCAACUGGGAGAAUCCCGACAUCAUGUCCGAGCUGCUCUUCACAAACCACGAGAUCAUUUUUAAAAAUGGAGAUGACCUCCGGCAAGAUAUGUUGACUCUGCAGAUCAUCCGCAUCAUGGAGAGCAUGUGGCAGAGCCAAGGACUGGACCUCAGGAUGCUGCCCUAUGGCUGCCUCUCCAUUGGGGACUGCGUGGGCCUCAUCGAGGUGGUGAAGAGCUCCCACACCAUCAUGCAGAUCCAGUGCAAGGGUGGCCUCAAGGGGGCGCUGCAGUUCAACAGCAACGCUCUGCACCACUGGCUGAAGGACAAGAACAAGGGAGAGGGCUAUGACGCUGCCAUUGACCUAUUCACACGCUCCUGCGCCGGUUACUGCGUCGCCACCUUCAUCCUGGGCAUCGGGGACCGCCACAACAGCAACAUCAUGGUCAAGGACGAUGGGCAGCUGUUCCACAUUGACUUUGGCCAUUUCCUGGACCACAAGAAGAAGAAGUUUGGCUACAAGCGGGAGCGAGUCCCCUUCGUCCUCACCCAGGACUUCCUCAUCGUCAUCAGCAAAGGGGUGCAGGAAUGUACCAAGACCAAAGAGUUCGAGAGGUUCCAGGAGAUGUGCUACAAGGCCUACCUGACCAUCCGCCAGCACGCCAACCUGCUCAUCAACCUCUUCUCCAUGAUGCUGGGCUCGGGGAUGCCGGAGCUGCAGUCGUUUGACGACGUGGCCUACCUGCGCAAGACCCUGGCGCUGGACAAGUCCGAGCAAGAGGCGCUGGAGUACUUCACCAAGCAGAUGAACGAGGCCCACCACGGUGGGUGGACCACCAAGAUGGACUGGAUCUUCCACACCAUCCGCCACAUGCCCCUGAGCGAGGCCGGCCACGACUGAGAAGGACCCUCUGCCACCAGGAAGAGAGGAAACGCUGGCCCUUGAGAGUAGCAAGAGAGAGGCCAAGCGCCGUCGGGGCUACCAAGGCAAGGGGGGGGGGAGCCCUGUGUGAACUCGGGCAACCAGGUUCUUGAUCCCCUCACGGGACCAGCAGGGAGGGGAUCCAGGAGCGCUGAUGUGCCUUGCAGGACGCGAGGAAGGGAGGAAAAGGAGGGGAGAGGGUCGCCCACCCCCUGCACUGGGGGUAAGGGAUCUUGAGGUUGAGAGAGGUUGGGGGCAGGAAGCGGAGACCAGGCACCCAGCCUUCCAGUUCCCUUCUGCAGGUAGGAGGGGGGCAGGCAUGGAAACGGACCCUUUUUCCUCCCAGAAGUGUGUGUGUUUUUCUCACCCUUUCACCAAAUUUGAAAUUCUCUUUCCCGCUUUUUAUUUUAGGGGCUAAAACAGGAGACACACUUCCGCUCUGCCCUCCAGGCAGGUUUAUACUUGAAUUGCCCCCACUGCCCUUCUCUCCCCCUCCUUGGCAGAAAACGGCGAGAGGGAGCUGGAGAGGGGAGUGGGGUCAAGGGGAGGGGAUUUUACUGUGGGGGAAAUGGGCAGAAAGUGGCAAUACUUGAAAAAAAAAUGUCCAGGGUUGGAAAGGAGACAAAAAAAAUAUGAUUAUUUUCUCUCUCUUUUUUUUCAAAUAAAAUUUUGAAAAAGAGAGUAUUGGUUGGAAAUGGAAAACGAGAAUAGCAGUAAUUCCAACUUGGAUUACAAAGGCUUUAGGAAUUGCCUUAUGUGAAGCAGUUCAUUGAGUUAAUUCUGUGCAAAGGAGGACACAGUUCUUUCUGUCUGCCCCGAACCUCCUGCCUGUGCAUCUCACAGCACGACCCCCAAGUUCUAAUAAUGAGGGGGGGGGCCAGGAAAACCACCUCUCUCUGCCCCACAAAUGAUGUCCGGAGCAUGUGCUGUCUGGGGCUGAUGGGAGUUGUAGUCCAAAAUGUCUGGAGGGCCCCUAGUCAGCAAAUGCUGUGUUAACAAGAUGGGCAGACUGAGAGUAGAAUGGGUCAGCGCGUUUGUGCGUUUGAGAAGGAUGCACGGACUCUGUAAGGACCGUGGAGAAAAGGAGAUUGAGGAACUCUGUGUUUUUAGAAGACAGCACUAAAAAAAAAAACCUCUGGAGAAUUUUGCUCUCUUUUGCUGAUAGUAUGGGUAAGUGGCGACAGAAAAUGUAUUUGGUGCCAAAGGAAAAUAUGUUUCAUACUAUUUAUCACCCACCCUAAUGGCACUGCACAACUUUACACACACUUUUACAACAUUCCCACCCCCUUGACUCCAGCUCCUGCCCCCUCUUGUGCUUCAGCUUUGGGGGGGGGGGGUAGUCUUCAAAGAGACAGUUGCACCAUCGAGGGGCCCUGACACCCUCUCCUAGCCCACUUUCCCCAAAACCUCCUGAGUAGGAGUAGGCAUCAGGGCUGCUGACACGAGAGCAGACCCUUAAACUCACCACACUUUGCCCUGUAACCAUGAGCAGGUAGUAUAAAAGUUAGAUCUGAGCCCCCAAAAGCAGCCCAUUAAAUCUUCUCAGACACAGGAGAUCACCAGCCUGGUUCCCCCCCUCCUCCCCCCUUGGCAACAGGUAUACAGUGGAACCUCGGUUUAUGAACACCUCGGUUUAUGAAUUUUCGGUUUAUGAACGCCGCGGACCCAUCUGGAACGGAUUAAUUCAUUUUCCAUUACUUUCAAUGGGAAAGUUCGCUUCAGUUUAUGAAUGCUUCAGUUUAUGAACAGACUUCCGGUACCAAUUACACCCAUGCUUCAGUUUAUGAACGCUUCAGUUUAAGUACUCCGCGGACCCGUCUGGAACGGAUUAAUCCACUUUCCAUUACUUUCAAUGGGAAAGUUCGCUUCAGUUUAUGAACGCUUCAGUUUAUGAACAGACUUCCGGAACCAAUUGUGUUCAUAAACCGAGGUACCACUGUAGUGGGAUAACUAGUCUCUUAAAUUCACAAAUAGCCACACUGGCUGGAGCUGAUGGGAGUUGUAGUCUUAAAAUGUGGUUACAGGUAGGUAGCCGUGUUGGUCUGAGUAUUAAAAUGUGGGUUUGCAAAGGCUGAACAAGAGUCUACACUGCCUUGACAAGAUCAGGGAAAGCUCAGCUCCUUCUCUUAUGAAUAGUGACAGAGGGCUGCUUAUCAGGGCCGGCUCUAAGGCAAGGCUGGGUGGCGUAAUGUGCCAGGGCGCCGCCGCGCUGCGCCCACCAGACAGCCGCAUCGGGAAAUGGGGGGGGGCGCCGGAGGGAUCUUCGCACCAGGACGCCAGAUACGCUUAAGACGGCCCUGCUGCUUAUUUCUGGUGGGUGGGAUUCCAGGAUCCUUGGACAAAUGCAAUGAGCUGCUGAUGACACUGUAUUUGUCAGGAAUCGGUAGUAUGGUUGAGGGACACUGAGAUUCCUAAAAACUGGUCUUGGUAUCUCAGAAUAACGACCAUAAAGUAACACUUGUCCCAUUUUCAAA